CUUUCGAACAUUUUUGGAUAAUCUUCACCUUUCACUUUCGUUGUAUUAAAAAUUAAUCUAUGUAUUUUGUUUGUUGACGUCUAUGUCUUAUUUGAUAAGGUUACCACUAGAACGUUCUCCAUUAUAUUUCAGAAGAUUUCCUUCAAGUUGCUCUAGAUUACAUACAGUCAUGUCUGCAUCUGAAUUCUACAAUUUGAAAGCUGAGAAACCAAAUGGACAGGAGUACAGCUUUGAUACUCUCAAGGACAAAGUCGUAUUAGUCGUAAACACUGCUAGCAAGUGUGGCUUCACACCACAAUACACUGGUUUAGAAGAGCUCCACCAGAAGUACAAAGACAGGGGCUUGGUUGUCUUGGGAUUCCCGUGCAACCAAUUUGGUGGCCAGGAGCCUGGUACAGACGAUGACAUUGACAACUUCUGUAAAAUUAACCACGGCGUUAGCUUCCAAUUAUUCAAGAAGUCUGAUGUAAACGGUGAUAAGACAAAUGAAGUUUUCAAGUACCUCAAAGAUAAGAAAUCUCAAUUGGGAUUGACCAGGAUAAAGUGGAACUUCGAGAAAUUUUUGGUUGACAAGCAAGGAAACGUCGUGAACAGAUACUCAUCAAUGGCUAAGCCAUCAGACAUUGGUAACGAUGUUGAGAAGCUCCUUUAAAGUUUGUUUUAAAAAUAAAUUUUUCGUAAAACUACAUUAAUAUAAUUACGUCAUUA